AUGUCAACAACAUCCUAUCAGACCAACGCCAAACCUCGGAGUCGGCGUAGCAGCCUUGGUGAAAGUUCUGAGCGGCAGCCGGGCAGUCGCCCAUCCACCUCGCCUUCUCUCAGGUUGUCUAAGACUCUCUCACGAACCCUUGAUGAGGUUUCGGUCCCAAGGAAUAGCAGGCCAACAUCGCCUGCUGUGUACGUGUACCGUCCCAGAGCUUACGAUCACCGGCAGUCUGAUCCGCUUUUGAGUUCAUCCCGGCGGUCUACAAGCUCUAGAAGAUCUACUAGGUAUAUUGAUUCAGUCAUUGAGAAUGGUAGACCAAAGUUCGCAGAGUCGGCAAGACAAAGCACUGUCAUUUCCAACUCCUCUCAUCUCUCUGAUCAAAAGGCUGAGUUUGACUCAGAGGCCACUGUGAAUGCUCACUCGGCCCCAGAGCAGCAGUCACCUCCAGGCUCCCCUGCAACGACUGAGAACCUGGGCAGCGAUGACACAAAUACAGAACCUGCUCGAUCAUUGUCAUCUCGGUCAAUCAACUCAAUGCAACCCACUGUGGCCGAGGAAUCGGAGGAGAUCGUAACAGGAAUUCUCGGGUUGAAUUCACCAGGGCCCUCAACUGCAUUUCCAGCAUCUUCUCCGUCAAUAGCGAUGUCGUCAAAUACCUUGGCCAUGCCUGUUCUCCCGGGCGGCUUUCCUCUUCCAAUUACAACGGCUCCCCAUCUCACAUUGAACGAUUCGAAAUCGUUGAUCACCGCAUCGGCACCCGAGCCUCCAGUCCAGGAUACCUUACUCGCGCCAGCUCCAAAAGCAUCGAUAGCAUUCAUAAAUCUGGGCGAAAGCGGAGAAUCCGAGAGCACAGUGCCCAUAAGCAACAAUUACACUCCCGAUAAAGCUGCAUCCGAUUCUAAAUCACGUACCCCGUUCACAUCGCCGCCACGAUCCCCGACGUUUCUUCAUCACGCCAGCCGCCCGCCUUCUCAACCUCCAUUCGGCACAUAUCCCUACCCCUAUCCCACAGUAAUGGCCAGUUCACCUUACCAACAAGCCUUCUACCCGCCUUUUGCCCCACCUCCUAUGGGCUUCACUUUACCAGAAGCAAUCGCCAAGUCCGCCCCAGCAGGUACAGAGGAAGAGCGCAAGAGGCUGUUAGAGAAAGUGUCUAGCGUACUACCUGACAUCAAUCGUCUCCUACAGUAUUAUCAAGAAAGUCAAGGACUGUUGAGUGAAAAGGAUCACCUUGUAAAGCAGGUCGAAACACAGCACGAAGAAGCGAUCAAUAAAAUGAAAAUCGAACUAAGUGUCACAAAAGAGGAAUACGAGAGAAUCAUUGGAGAGCAAGCUGGCGAGAACUUGCGACUGAAAGGUGAUGUCAGUGAGCAGUCUGAGAAGAUCUCUCUUUUGACUGGAAUGCAAGAUGAAUUUACCAACCUGCAGAGCAAACACAAGGCUCUGCUGGAGGAGCUGGAGGCUUCCAGGGCUCUUAAUGAGGAGUUAAACUCGGAGAAAGCGCACUUACAAGAUGAAAUUGAAGGCCUUAAAGAUCGAAUCACCGACAGCAACACUAGUCAUGAGCAAUUAGUGGAGGAAAUGAAAGAAACCCACGCGAAACUAGUCGCCGACAAAGACGAUGCUCACGCUAAAGCACUCGGCGAGCAAAAGUCGAAUCUGUCGAAAAUUCAACUCGACUUGGCCGGCAUGAUCACAAAGCAUACGCAGCAGAGAAAGGAGCUUGACUUGGCACGCUCGACCAUUUCAAACCUCGAAGAUUCGCUAGCUGCAAAGGAGAGAGCUCUAGUGGAUGCAUGUGAUUCGCAUAAGAAAGCGCAGGAAGCAUUGAUGAGCGCAGCCGAAGAGAUGGACAAGCAACACGUGCAGGAAUUAUCGGAGUAUACUGAGAAAUUGGCAGACACAGUCAGGAAACAUGCUGCAGAGGUAGAUUUGCUCAAGACUUCUCAUCAGGAUGAAAUGGACCAAUUUGAGCAGGCAGCCGAGCAAGAGCGAGUAAAAUUGGCUUCCACACUCGAACGUUGCGAAGCACAGCUACAGAACGAGCUCGAUGCAGCACAGGCUGCUAUGGAAGAUUUGAGGAGCGAGCUGGAUAAGGAGCGAGGCGCUCGCGAAGCGGUAGAAGCUGAGCUUACGGCCGAAAAACAGGAACACAAUGCCUUGAAAUGGCGUCACGAGACUGCAAAUACUCAUCACGCCGACCUGGCAAAGGCAAUGCAGAGUCUGAGAGCCAGACAGGUCGAGUUGCAAAAAGAAAGUGACAGGAUGGACCAGAUCUUGCACAGUUUAGGACAGAUCGGUCACGGCAAAGGAGAUGGUUUCUUCAUCGAAGCUUUUGAUCAACUUGCGUGUUUGAUAGAGGAGGUUUCGAAGCACUUCGUGCUCAAUCGGUCACACGAGACAAGAACUCUUGGUGUAUGUUGCGAUGUUUCCGGGAUUUCAGGCAUCGGCGACAUUGCAGAACCAUCCCGAGAUCUACAGAGCCUUGUGGUACAAAGCCGAAUAUGGACGGUGCUCCAGAGACGCAUCUUUGAGCCUUGCCUCUUCGUUUCAGAUUAUGACGCCUUGGAGAAGCUUGGUCUAGGCAAGAGCUUGACGAUCAUAUCUUGGAUGAUGAGACGAAAGAGCCUACGGAGAGAGGCCAUCUGGAGGAGCCUCACAAUGCAGACCCUUUACGCUAGCGCCUAUGGACGCAAGGCUGCGGCAGCUACGGCGUUCUCAGUUACGAAGGAAAUAAUGCGCAACAUUCAAAACGUCAUGACCGACGACUCUCAUUCGGCGCUACUAUGUGGCGUCCGAUUGAUUGCUAAAGCAGCAAUCCAGAUUUGGCGAAGAGCCCGCUUGGAGCUGGACUCGGUCUGUUCAAGUAUGACAAUGGCUCCGGCAACCAGAGGAGAUGCGACUCCGUCUGAUGUCAUUAUGUGGAUUCGGCCACACAUAGCCCGGGAGGGUCUGAUGGGAGACUUGGUGUCAAACAUGGAAGACGGCAACGGAAAGUCAUUAGGUUCUUGCAUUUACCUGCAGGGAACGGCACUGCGCCGGAAUCCGCCGCUCGUGUUGGAAGAGAUAUCAUGA